AUGAGACAGAAAGGCUACAAACCAAAGACCAUUACCAAACAAAUCAACUCUGCUGUAAAAACGCCACGCACACACCUGCUACAGUACAAAGAGAAAAAAAUAUCCACACGAGUGCCACUUGUGGUCACCUACAACCCAGCUCUUGAGGAAAUACGGAAAAUCAUCAAAGACCUACAUCCAAUAUUAACAGAAGAUGAGACUCUGAAAAACAUUUUCCCUGAAACACUCAUUUUGGCCUUUAGACAACCACCAAACCUCCAACAAAAAUUAAUCAACAGGAAGCUGCCCACUGAUGGUAAGAAUGAAGAAAAUAGGACCAGUCAAUGCAAAAAAACCUCACUGCAAACUGUCAGCACAUAUGCACAGACAACACAGCCACACACAACAAUAAAACCUACAGCAUUAAAGGUUCAUACUCCUGCACAUCCAGCAAUAUGGUAUACAUGA